AUGGAGCUGGAAUCGUGUACGGCAAUCCUGACAAUCAUUGUGGCUCUUUUGUCAAAGGGGUCUGUUUCGGCUGCGUCUGCAAGUGAUGACAGUAGUUUACAGAGCACACUGAUAGACAGGAUGGACGAUAUACGAUCACAGAUGUCUGAUGUCACCGGUUCUAUGAAAGCCUUGGAUGCGGACAUCAGCAAAGCUCUAAUCAACUGUAUGGGCAUACACAGCAGUCUAUGUGAAGCUUUAAACGCUGAAGUUAACAGGGCAGAGGGCUUAACUUCACGAUGGGCAUCUGACGAUCCUGAACUGGACAAGUACAAAAGCAUGUUCAAGGAGCUGGGCAGAAAGCGGGCAAUGGUCAACCAUUUACUUGGUGUAUUCAAAGGUGCAAAUAACGUCCUGAAAAAUGAGAGAAAGAGAACCUGUAACCUGAACCUGGGUUUCCACUGCCAGACGGAAGAGAUCUCAAAUUUCGCAGACAUGUACGACUAUCUGUCCAGUUCUAAAAGUCCAGGCAAGAAACGGUCUGUUCGUAUCUCUCCGUGA